GUAAACUGCACUGCGCGAAGAGCUCAGCAGAAACUCACAAACUGAACAAUAUGGCUGUAGGGGUUCGUGUGUGCGGUCCGAGAGGAGAACGAUGGUUUUUCCACCUGUGUGACACUGAGGAGCAGUUGAAGAGCAUCACAGUGCUGCAACUGAAACAGAAGAUAGCUGAGAAAAUAGAUGACCCUUUGGCCAGAGGCCGUCCAGACGGAUUCAGGCUGACCUUUAAAGACGAAGUGCUGGUGGACAAUAAACUGCUUUCUGACUAUGGGAUUGUAAACAUGUCAGUGGUUAUGGUUAUUUUAAGAUUAGUGGGAGGGGGAGGGGGAGGGCCACACACUUGGAAGGGAGAUGAUGCAAUGGGUGACAAAGACAAAAACCGGAGCAUGGAAAAACUGGCUUCGUUUUAAACCACGGUCAUGGCUGACAGAACUCAAAAAAAGGUGUGUUAAAAGAAAGCCGUUUUCUUUCCUUUACAAUUUAUUGUGUAACCAUUGAGUUUUUUAAGUAUUCAAACUGAUAAUAAACAAUAAUAAAAUAUUAAUAAC